CAAACUGUUUCAACAAAAAAGGCACAAAACUCAUAUCAGUAAUAAAAGAUUAUGAAGUUUGCAGUACAGGGUAUGAUUCACUAUACAAUACCGUUUCAAUUCCUUCUUUUCGGAAUUUGUAAUUGCUUAGAUACAAUAUCCAUAAAUAGCCACCCAAUUAGAGACACAGACAAUAAUGUUUUAGUCUCCAGCGGAGGAACCUUUACACUCGGAUUUUUCACACCAGGCAUAUCAAAUUACAGCUAUGUUGGAAUUUGGUACCACAAAAUUCCAGAGCGAACUGUUGUGUGGGUUGCUAACAGAAACAAUCCUAUAAACGAUUCCUCUGGUUUUCUGUCCAUCGAUACUACAAAUGGCAACCUCGUGCUCUACCAAAACAGGAUUAAUCAAACAGCUGAGGUUGUCUGGUCCACAAAUGCUUCUUCUUCAGCAUGUUCACCUGCAAGUUACUGUGCAGCUCAGCUAUUGGAUUCAGGCAACCUUGUUUUGCUCCAUAACAUCACGAAACAGGUUAUAUGGCAGAGUUUUGACCACCCAACGGACACAAUGCUUCCAAACAUGAAACUUGGGAUAGAUCGAAGAACUGGACUGGAUAGGUUCCUGACAUCCUGGAAGUCUGAAAAUGAUCCAGGAUCAGGAAAUUACACUUACAGGAUUAACCCAAGUGGGUUCCCUCAACAGUUCUUGUACAAAGAUCAGAUUCCAUGGUGGAGAGCUGGUCACUGGAAUGGGUUCAGAUUGAGUGGUAUUAAAUUCCUCUUCAAUGUGAGUUUUGUGAACGACAACAAUGAAAUCAGUCAAACGUGGGGUGUGCUCAACUCCUCAGUCUUGUCAAGAAUUGUUGUAUCUGAGUCUGGAAUUGUUGAACGCUUUAAUUGGUGGUACGAUCAAGGUGAGCAAGGAUGGAAUGGAGUGUGGUCGGCACCCACAGACCGCUGUGACCAAUAUGAUCAUUGUGGUGCAUUUGGUCUUUGUGACAGUAGCAAUGCUGAACAGUUUGAGUGCACCUGUUUGGCGGGAUUCGAACCCAAGUCUCCUGCUGAAUGGUACAUGAGAGAUGCAAAACAUGGCUGUGUAAGGAAGCCCGGGACGUUGAUUUGCAGUGAAGGUGAUGGGUUUGUGAAUGUGGCAAAUGUCAAAGGCCCUGAUACUUCUAAUGUUAAAGUGAUUAGUAGCGGUUUGACCUUGAAAGCAUGUGAGAAGGAGUGCUUGAGGAACUGCAAUUGCACGGCUUAUGCCAGUGCUAAUAUAAGUGGAGGGAGUGGAUGUAUACUAUGGCAUGGAAAUUUGACGGAUACCAGAAAGUUCACAGAUGUUGGUGGUCAAGAUUUAUACGUUCGUGUUGAUGAGCGCGAGUUAGCCCAGUAUGCUAAGAAACAAAAAGGUAUGCUUGUUAGUAAGAAGACGCUUAUCAUUUUGGUAGUCUCUGGUGUCUCAAUUUUGUUCAGCAUCAGUUUCUUUGCAUACUGGUUCCUGCAGAGGAAAAGAAGAGGUAUGUCAAACUUACUAGGACAUCGUAGGCUGUUCCAUGAUGCUAACGUUACUUCUGAAGAAUCCCCUGAGGAGGAGAAGCUUGGCCAGAGUAAAAGACAUCCGGAUUUACCAUUUUUUGAUCUAAAAACCUUAAUUACUGCCACAAACAAUUUCUCUGCUGCAAAUAAGCUUGGACGAGGUGGAUUUGGUUCUGUCUACAAGGGACAACUAGGUGAUGGAAAGGAGAUAGCUGUGAAAAGAUUGUCAAAACAUUCAAGACAAGGAAUAGAAGAGUUUAAGAAUGAAGUAACGGUGAUAGCAAAACUACAGCACAGAAAUCUCGUAAGGCUUUUGGGUUGUUGCAUCCACAAGGAAGAGAAGAUGCUAAUAUAUGAAUACAUGCCAAACAAAAGCUUGGACUACUUCAUAUUUGAUGAAACAAGAAGGUCGCAUUUGGACUGGACAAAGAGGUUUGAAAUUAUUAUUGGAAUUGUUCGUGGGAUCUUGUAUCUUCACCAAGAUUCAAGACUGAAAAUCAUCCACAGGGAUCUAAAAGCUAGCAAUGUUCUACUAGAUGCUUCAAUGAAUCCAAAAAUUUCAGAUUUUGGAAUGGCUAGGAUGUUUGGAGAUGACCAAAUUCAAGCAAAUACAAAUAGAGUAGUUGGUACAAUUGGUUACAUGUCACCGGAGUAUGCAAUGCAAGGGCUGUAUUCAACAAAAUCUGAUGUGUUCAGCUUCGGUGUUUUGCUAUUAGAGAUCAUUAGUGGCCGGAAGAACACAGAUUAUAUCAAUGGAAGCUCCUUGCCAGAUAAUAUCAAUGGAAGCUCCUGGUCAAACCUCAUUGCACAUAUAUGGGAAUUAUGGAAGGAAGGAAAAGUGUUGGAUGUAGUUGAUCCACAGCUGUGCCUCCCAUUUUCUGCCAAGGAGGUUUCAAAAUGCAUCCACAUUGGGCUACUGUGCGUGCAGGAAGGUGCAAAAGAUAGACCGACCAUGUCUGCUGUUAUUUUCAUGUUGGCUAAUGAAACCCCUCUUCCUCAACCCAACACCCCUGCAUUUAUUUUCCAAAAGAAUGCCUCUCAUAAUCCUGAAUCUCCAAUGUCUAUAGCACCAGAAGCUGUUUCUUCGAAUAGCAUUACCAUAACUACACUAGAAGCUCGUUGAGCUCAAUAUAUAAGGUUUGACUUUCUUGUUGUUCUUGCAUCUACAGCAUAUAGCAUGGCAAGAAUGAUGUUUUUCAUAUUUUCUUGUGAAGGAAAAUCGGUGUAAUAGUUCAAAAUAUUUUCUUAUUAGACCCAAUGUGACAAUUGAUCACUAAACCAGUGGGGUUGGAUUUUUCAAGCUCAAAUAUAGGCUGAUUUAAUUGAUUUGGUUAAGAGCAGAAAAACUCAUGGUGAUCUUCUCCAAAAUGUGAAAUCAUUUGAUCAUCUAUUUUAACAUUUUUUGUCAUGUAAAUUGCUCAUUAAGUCAGUCUUUGGAACACAAACUACAGAAAACUACUUGAAAAUUUUCACAGUGAAACAGAACUAAAACAGGGGAACUGCCUUUGAAUGGCAAUAAUUACAGCGACGAUGUUGUAUUUUAACAGAUAUUUCCUUACAUAAAUGUUCACGGUGAUUACUACAAUGAAAAUAUUUGGUGCUUUUUGGCAGUACGCGGUGAUACAAUGUCUACAUGUGCUGACAAAUUCACAAAAAUUUAUGUUUUCUUUUCUGGUUUACCAUCAAUGCCAAGCAGAUAUUGUCUGAAUUUAAAUAGAAAAAGAGAUCACAGGGAGAAAAAUGAUGAAGGUUCGAGUGGGAUUUUGGUUAUUGU